AUGGUUUUGGUUUCUGGUUGGGCUUUGCAUUUCUGUUUUCGUAGCAGUAUCCGUACAAUCUACUCGGAGUUUGAAAGAGAAGAGGUAAGUGGGCGUGUGGGGCUAGCAGCAAUGUAUGGUUCCGGUUGCUGGGCAUCGUCAAUAGGGCCUUUUGGAGCUCCAUUUAUUGUGGGAUGCUGUGUCAGUGGUGCUGGAGAGCAUCUAAUGAAAGGAUUUGCUGCUCGGGAAUGUUGUCACAAGAUUCUGCCUGUAAAAAGGUUUUUGCGAACUGUUCAAGAAAACAUCCAAUGUGGUGCUUUAAGUAGUGCUGGAUUCCUUCUAGUUCAAGCAGAGCCUUCAAGAUUAGUUGCGGGUACUUUGGCUAAGCUGCAAACUGUUGAGAUUGCAGCUGUUUACUCUUCCUCAUCUUUUGGAAUAGGUUAUUUUGGCAGCUCUAUGAAUAGGCCCAAGAAAGGUGGGAGUAGCUGCAUAAAGAUCGAUUAUAUUGCUUUGAUGAAAUAUGAUAUAUUUGGAGCUCGUUUGGAAUAUGGUCCAAGUUGA